CGAAGAACGUAUAAUUCCAAUUUCUAUGGAAACGAAAGAUUAUAAUGUAAAAGAACAUAAUGAAUCAAAUGAUCGUGAAACGAAUAUAGAAAUUCUUCCAGAAACAAAAGAUUAUUCAAUUGAUAACAUUGAAAAUGAUGGUCAUGGACAACAACAACCCGAUGAAUUUUAUGAGCUUGAUAAGCAAUACGAAAUAAUAACAGCUUUCUUUGAUGACGAUGGUAAUGUUAGUGUCUCAAAUGGGUUAGACGAAAGUGGAUUUCAACAAAUAUCAAAUAAGAGUACUCAUCAUAAUAGUAUUCAUAAUUUAUCUACUUUUAAAGAAAUACAAAAUAUGCUCAAAGAAAUUGUUGAAAAAGAGGAGAUUGAUAGAAUUACACCAAAUACUGCAAAAUUUGAAGAUGGAAAU